AUGAAUAUUUGGGAAUUAGCAGAACAAAAGAUUCAAGAAAAUAAAAGUAAAAGAAAUAAUAAUAAUUCUAAAAAUGAUACAUAUUCAUUUCAUAAAGACCCUCAAGAACCUAUUGAAAGUUACAUAAUAAUUGCAGGAUACCCAAAAACUGGAAAGACAACAUAUUUAAAUAGAUUUUUAAAAAAUGAAGCAACAAUAAAUCCUACAACAAUUCUUGAAUAUUCCUUUGGAUAUAGGCAUCGUGAUUCAUAUAAAGAUAUAAUUCAUACAUGGGAAUUAUCAAUAGAUCAUAAUUUAUCAUCUCUUCUUCAUGUGCCUUUUACAAAAAGUCAUUUACAAAAAAAUAUAGGUUUAUUUAUAGUUUUUGAUUUAACAAAACCUGAGACUAUUUGGAUAAUGAUUGAAGAAUUUCUUAAAAAUGGUAAACAAAAAAUUGAAGAUAUUAUUAUAAAAGAAGAAAAAUUAUUAAAAGAUUAUUUGGAAGAAUCUUCUUGGGAAAGAAUAGGAGGAAGAGAUGUAUUACAUAAUAAUAUUAUAAAACCUUUUCCAAUUCCUUUAUAUUUUAUAGGUGGAAAAUAUGAUAUAUUUCAAAAUGAAGAAUCAGAAAAAAGAAAAAAUAUUUCUUUUUGUCUUAGGCUUCUAAAUUUAAUUUAUGGUGGUUGUUUGAUGUAUAGUAGUAUUAAUAUGGAAAAUUUAGUUUCAAGAAUAAAAAGUAUGAUGAGUAAUGUGGCUUUUAAAAUUAAUUAUUCGAAAGGAUUAGCUGUGGAUAUCAAUCAAGCAUUGUUUAUUCCAUUUGGGGGAGAUUCUUUAGAAAGUAUAUGUUCACUUAAUAAUAAACAUUCUUUCAUGGCUAGUACUUUUGAUGAAGUUUAUGAUGAAUGUAAAAAAUUUUAUAAUAAUCUUUUUCCACAAGAAUUAACAAAACUAACAUCAGAAGAUGAUAUCAUAAAUGAUGAAAAGUUUUCUGAACCAAUAGUUGAUAUGCUUUUUGAAGAACGUCUUAGUAAUCUUCAAAGAUAUAUUAAAGAAAAUGAACAACGAGAAGCAACAAUAGAAAGAACUUCUAAAAACAACAAUAUAUUUUUUUAA